AUGCAGCCCCAGCGACGCCGGCGUGAGUCCCUCACGCCCCAGCAGCUGCGUGAGUGGUACGCUGGUUGGGGCUGUAGGGGUGGCGACGCUACUCCUACUUCCACUCCUGCUGCUUCUACUCGUGGUGGCGGCCAGAUGCAGCUCCCGCGACCCUCUCGCGUGUCUCUCACGCCUCGCCAGCUUCGUGAGUGGUACGCUCAGAGUGGAGGGUCUCUCAGUGCUGUUCGCUGCUCUUACGUGAUUCGCACUGGUACUCGGACUAGUCAGCCUUGUGGGACACGUAGUCAUACACCGUCCAGCUGCUUCGCCCGUCUGAGCGACGCCUGGCGUACCGUGUUUGGCGACGAGGCUGAGCUUCCCGACUGGGUGGAGUUGCUUAGGCAGAGGGUAGAUAUAUAUGCUCUUGACUAUGAUGCUAUUCUCACUGCCAUGUAUGCAUUGCCUACUAGUGCUGACCGUGCCGGUCACCUGUGCGUCCCGCCUGACCCAGGUAUAGGACGUGCUGCUCUAGCUACUGGUGAGGCUGCUGCUCUGGGUGCUAGUGAGUCUCCUGCUCCAGGUACAGGUGCGGCUGCUGCUCUAGGUGCUAGUGAGUCUGCUUCCUCAGGUGCGGGUGAGGCUGCGCUCUCAGGUACCGCGUUGGCUUCGGCCUCCCUCACCUUUACACUUGACUCUGGGGCUUCUCGCUCCUUCUUUCGGGACCGCACCACACUCACGCCGCUUGGUCGGCCGGUUGCAGUCUCCCUGGCUGACCCCUCUGGGGGUCCUGUCCUCGCUCACUUCUCCACUGUCCUCCCGUGUCCGGCUGCCCCCUCGGGCACCCUGUCUGGCCUGUACCUCCCCUCGUUCUCGACGAACUUGGUGAGUGGUGCAGACCUACAAGAUGCGGGGGUUCACCAGUUCACUCCUGCGAGUCAGCGGGUGACCCACUGCACGGACGCACGCACAGGCCGGCACCUGGCCACGUUCUCGCGUCGGCCGGGGUCGAGCCUCUACACCCUGACCACUGAGUCUCCUCCUGUCCCCGCGUCCGGUCAGGUAGCAGCGUCGGGUCAGGUGUUUGCUGCUGCGUCCAGGUCUGGUCCUGAGUCUGCCCCCUGUUCGUGUCGCCUCCUGUCUCACGAGACUCUUCUGUGGCACCACCGUCUAGGCCACCCCUCCUUGCCCCGUCUUUGGGGCAUGGCUUCCCGUGUCCUUGUCUCUGGUCUUCCCCAGUCUCUCCCUCCCCUUCCUUCGGGACCAGGACCUUCCUGUGUCCCCUGUGUCGAGGGGCGCCUCAGGGCUGCUCCUCACUCCUCCCAGUUUCCCCCGACAGAGGCUCCUCUGCAGACGCUUCACAUGGACGUGUGGGGCCCGGCCCCCGUCCGUGGGCAGGGUCACGAGCGCUACUUCCUGUUGGUGGUUGACGACUACUCGCGUUACACCUCAGUCUUCCCCUUGCGCAGCAAGGGUGCUGUCACUGAGGUGCUGAUCGACUGGAUCCGCGAGGCUCGUCUCCAGCUCAGGAGGAGCUUCGGCUCGGACUUUCCUGUUCUGCGUCUGCACUCUGACCGAGGUGGGGAGUUCUCCUCUCGCCUUCUGCGAGACUACUGUCGUGCACAGGGGAUCCGCCAGACCUUUACGCUUCCGGACUCUCCACAGCAAAAUGGGAUUGCUGAGCGCCGCAUUGGCAUGGUCAUGGAUGUCGCUCGUACGUCCAUGAUGCAUGCGGCUGCCCCCCCAUUUUCUGUGGCCGUUUGCGGUUCGGUUGGCGAUGCGUCUGCGUUCCGUGUCUGGGGAUCUCGGGCGUUUGUCCGCGACUUGUCUGCGGACAAGCUGUCCCCCCGUGCUGCUCCCUGUGUCUUCCUUGGCUUCCCCCCUGACGCUCCAGGGUGGCAGUUCUACCACCCCUCCUCUCGUCGUGUUCUGUCCUCCCAGGACGUCACGUUCGACGAGUCAGUCCCCUUCUACCGCCUCUUCCCCUACCGUACUCCUUCCCUUCCCCCCCCACCGGGCUUCCUGGUACCAGUUCCCCCCCCGGUAGACCCCCUCCCCCCUCAGGUUCCUGCCCCUUCAGGUGUGUCCCAGGUAGACACGGUCGAGCCAGUCGAGGUUGCUGCUGAGUCUGGUCCUGCUGUGGGUGCGGAGCCUGGGGGUGCUGCUGCUGGGGGUGCUGAGCCUGGGGGUGCUGAGCCUGGGGGUGCGAGGCCGGGGGGUGCUGAGUCUGGGGGUGCUGAGCCGGGGGGUGCUGAGCCGGAGGGUGCUACGUCAGGAGCUGCUGAGCCUGGGGGUGCUGGGCCUGGAGGUGCAGAGCCUGCGCCUGCUGGACCUGGGGGCUCUCCGGUUCUUCCGUCUCGGCGGGAGCCGCUCUCUCCACAGGAGCUGCGCGAGUGGUUUGCUCGCCGCUGGAGGCGUGCUGCUGGAGCUGGAGCUUCUUCGCCUGCUGAGGGUGCUGCCGGUCCCGGAGCUGCUGGGCCUGCGGGUCCUACUGGAGCUGGAGCUACUGAGUCUGGGGGUGCUGAGUCUGGAGCUGCUGAGCCUGGAGGUGCUGAGUCUGGAGCGGCUGUGCCUGGGGGUGCUGAGUCUGGAGCUGCUGAGCCUGGGGUUUCUCCUGCUGCUGCGUCUCGCCGGGAGCCCCUCUCUCCCCAGGAGCUGCGUGAGUGGUUUGCUCGCCGCUGGAGGAGUGCUGCUGGAGCUGGAGCUUCGUCGACCGUCGAGGGUGCUGGUGCUGCCGGUCCCGGAGCUGCUGGGCCUACGGGUCCUACUGGAGCUGGAGCUGCUGAGGGUGUUGGUGCUGAGACUACUGCUGUCUGUCCUGGCGGUGGUUCUGCUGCUGGUGCUGCUGGAGGUCCUGCCGCUGGAGGUGUUGGUGGCGCUGGUGCUGUCGCUGAGGGUGCUGGUGCUGUCCCUGCUGAGUCUGGAGCUGCCACGCGGCCUCGGCCGUACUUCGUUCCGCUCCUACAGCAGGUUCUUGGUCUUUCUCCUUCGGUAGAGUGUCCACAGCCUGUCCAGUCGCAGUCACUGUUGGAGCCUUCCUCUCCUCUGCCUGCUCCCUCUCCUUACACUGGUCCUACUGGAGGUCUUGCUGAGCGUCGUGAGCCUGCGUCUCGUCCCGCGUCGCCUGUUUGUGCUACUCGCGCUAGUGGUCGCGGUUCGCGUCAGCGUCCUCCUCCUGUCCCUGGCACGCACCGGAUGUCUCUGCGUCCGUCCACUGCUCCUCUGCGUGCCCCUUUGCCUUCUCCUCCUGAGUCCUCUCUUCCUGCGCUUGCCGACCCUGAGUCGGACUCUCUUCGCGCUGCCAGUCCUACUGUCACGCGUCUGCUUGCUACUGUCGUCACUGGCCCCUCUUUUGAGUCCACUGCUGCGUCUGCUCCAGUCGCUGAGCUCGUUGACUUUGCUGCUCGCUGUCGUCUCGACUACGCUGCUGGUCUUGUUGCUGAGUCUGCGUCUGUCUGUCCUCCGUCCGUCGGGGGUGAGUGUGCUCUUGGCACGGACGUCCUAGAGGACAUACAGGAGGAGUUACAGUGUCUAGCGGCUGCUUCACCUCAUCUCGCGUCUGUACUGCUUGCCCUUGAGGGAGACCCGGAUGCACUAGACAUCCCGACUCCGCGUUCUUACGCGGAGGCCGUAGAGGUGGCAUGUGGAUCUUCCGGGUGA